AUGGAUUCUGGUGCAGCACGUGAUUGUGUUGUGAAGGAGGUUUCAAGUUCAGCUGUAUCUGCACCUAUGGCUAGUACAAAAGAUAAGUCCAAGUCGGAAGCUGCUUGUAUUUAUUGUAACGUUAUAAUUAAAUGUACAAGCAAAAGUGGGACUAGUGGAAUGCAUAGCCAUAUUGAAAGGUACUGUAAAAAGAAUCUAGAAACCAAAGAUAAAAGGCAAAGGACUUUGGCAUUUAUAAAUGAGCCUCUUAAUCUUGAAGAAGGAAGCAACAGUGGUAGCCCUAGUCUUCUUGCAUGGCAAUUUGAUCAGAAAACUGGUAGGAGAUACUUGGCAAGGAUGAUCAUUUUAGAUGAGAUGCUUUUUAAGACUGUUGAGCAUAGGGGGUUUAGAGAUUUUCUAAAUGUGCUGCAACCCAAAUUUAAAAUUUCCUCUUGGUUUACUAUUGUUAAUGAUAUUCUUGAGCUCUAUAUAAGUGAAAGGGACAAAUUGAAAUCAUAUCUGAAAAGAUCUGCUCAAAGAGUGUGUUUGACAAUUGAUAUCUGGACUUCUAGGCAGAAUCUCAGUUAUAUGUGUCUUAUUGGUCAUUUCAUUGAUGUUAUUGGUAAACCUGUUGAGAGGCUUUUGCUUGAAUGGGGAAUUAAUAAAGUGCUUACUCUCGCAGUAGAUAAUGCUAGCUCUAAUGAUUUGAGAAUUAUGUAUUUAAAAGAGAUGAUUAAUAGUUGGAAAGGAAGUCUUGCCGUUCUUAAUGUUGAUACUCGGUGGAAUUCAACUUUCCUCAUGCUUCAAAGUGCUGUUCCUUUCCAACAAGCUUUUGAAAGGCUCAAGGAAAAAGAUAGCAGGUAUCGUGCUGAGAUGACCGAUGACAAGCAUUGGGGUUUGCCUACUGAUGAAGAUUGGGAUAAUACUCAUAACUUGCUGCCAUUCUUGAAAUAUUUCUAUGAUGCCACUUUACGAGCUUCAGGAUCUCAUUAUGUCACUACCAAUGAUUAUUUUCAUAUGGUUUAUGGGAUUGGGAUAAAGAUCAAUAGUCAUAUUUCUAGUGAAGAUUCUAGUUUCAAAGAAAUGGCUAUCAGGAUGAAAAAAGAGCAUGACAAGUACUGGGCUAAUGUUACAAAAAUUAAUCCUUUGCUGUUUGUUGCACUUGUGCUUGAUCCUAGAUAUAAAUUGGAGUAUGUGAAUUUUGCUAUUGAUGAGAUUUAUGAAGAACCCAAAAAUAAGGAAUUGCGUGCAAGGGUGAGGGAAGUUCUUGAUUCAUUGUUUGCUUAUUACUCUGAUGUGGAUGGGAAAAAUGAUGAUUCGAGUAAAGGUUCAGCAUUUCUUCAGAGUUAUUGA